AGUCAGUCAGUCAUUACGGGGACAGUAUGGAGUUCAGGUCUCUCUCUGUGAUACUCUUGCUGACUGUCCUUAUCCACUGUGGACAAACUCAAGAUAAGCCAGUAGUUGUAAUUAAAGAUCCUCCAGGCCGAAAAGAUAUACACAUAGGAGAGACUGUCACUCUAAAAUGUGAAAUACCGGGGGGGGAAGGUCGUGUGUGGACUUACAGCUGGUAUAACAAUGGGAAAGAAGUUCAUCGCUCUGAAGAACAAAGUGAAUACAGGUUUCAGAUGACUGCAAAUUACAGCACGGAAUUUACCUGCAAGGGAACCACAAGAUCCAGUGAUCCUGUUAAAUUAACUUUGUCAGAGAGACCAAAACCUGCGGUGUCCAUACAGCCUGAUGAUCAGGUGUUCAGAGGAGAGGCUGUCACUCUCACAUGUGACAUACAGGGAGGAGGAGUCUCUAACUGGCAGUACAGCUGGUUUAAAGAUGGUUCAUCCACUCCUGUCAGGAAUGAACAGCAGUACAGUAUCAGCUCUGUUACAGAGUCUCACAGAGGAACAUACACCUGUAGAGGAGCAGAGAGAGGAACAUCACGCUACUCACACACCAGUGAUGCUGUUACACUGACUGUAUCAGCUUUACCCACAGCUACACUGACUGUAGAGCCCAGAUGGAGGCCUGUGUUCACUGGAGAGUCAGUGACUCUGAAGUGUGAGAUACAGUCUCACAGUGACUGGAGAUAUCAGUGGUAUAAAGGCAGCAGUAGAACUGCAGUCAGUCAGUCUCAGACAAACACCUUCACCAUCAGAUCAGCAGCAGAUCAGGAUCAGGAUCAGUACUGGUGUAGAGGAGAGAGAGAUUACAGACCCAUAUCAUCACAACGCAGCAACACUGUUACUCUCACAGUGAAAGAGAGACCAAGAGCUGUGGUGUCCAUACAGCCUGAUGAUCAGGUGUUCAGAGGAGAGACUGUCACUCUCAGAUGUGACAUACAGGGAGGGGGAGUCUCUAACUGGCAGUACAGCUGGUUUAAAGAUGAUCCAUACAGACAUGUCAGUAAUGAACAGCAGUACAGAAUCAGCUCUGUUACAGAGUCUGACAGAGGAAAAUACACCUGUAGUGGAACAGAGAGAGGAACAUCACGCUACUCACACACCAGUGAUGCUGUUACACUGACUGUAUCAGCUUCACCCACAGCUGCACUGACCGUAGAGCCCAGAUGGAGCCCUGUGUUCACUGGAGAGUCAGUGACUCUGAAGUGUGAGAUACAGUAUCACAGUAACUGGAGAUAUCAGUGGUAUAAAGGCAGCAGUAGAACUGCAGUCAGUCAGUCUCAGACAAACACCUUCACCAUCAGAUCAGCAGCAGAUCAGGAUCAGGGUCAGUACUGGUGUAGAGGAGAGAGAGAUUACAGACCCACAUCAUCACAACGCAGCAACACUGUUACUCUCACAGUGAAAGAGAGAUCAAAACCUGCGGUGUCCAUACAGCCUGAUGAUCAGGUGUUUAUAGGAGAGACUGUCACUCUCAGAUGUGACAUACAGGGAGGGGGAGUCUCUAACUGGCAGUACAGCUGGUUUAAAGGUGAUCCAAACAGACAUGUGAGUAAUGAACAGCAGUACAGUAUCAGCCCUGUUACAGAGUCUCAAAGAGGAAAAUACACCUGUAGAGGAACAGAGAGAGGAACAUCACGCUUCUCACACACCAGUGAUGCUGCACUGACUGUAUCAGAGAGACCAAAAGCUGUGGUGUCCAUACAGCCUGAUGAUCAGGUGUUUAUAGGAGAGACUGUCAGCCGCAGAUGUGUCACACAGGGAGAAGAAAAACCUAAACCUGAACUCACAUCAAGCCAUAAAGGAGCUGCACUGAUAGGAAAUCCAGUGGUUCUGUACUGUAAGCUGGAUCAGUCUGCUGGAUGGAGGUUUUACUGGUCCAAACACACACAGAGCCCUGAGAAUGAGACCAAGCCUGAAACACACUCCUACACCAUCAGCUCAGUCAGUGUCUCUGAUGGAGGACAGUACUGGUGCAGAGCUGGGAGAGGGACCCCAGUCUACUACACUCACUACAGUGAUGCUCUCUGGAUAAACGUCACUGGUACGACUCGUUCAGACUCUCUGACAGUCAGUCCCAGUAGAGCUCAACAUUUUAGUGCUGACUCUCUCUCACUGAGCUGUGAGGAACAGAGUGACUCUACUGGAUGGAGAGUGAGACGAUACACACACAGUGAGAAGGUGUCAGAUUGUUCAUCAGGCCUGGGAUCAGUUACAGGAUCUACGUGCAACAUCAGCUCCCUCAGCACAUCCCACACUGGAGUGUACUGGUGUGAGUCUGAAUCUGGAGAGAGCAGCAAUCCUGUCAACAUCACAGUGACCAAUGGUGCUGUGAUUCUGGACAGUCCUGUUCAUCCUGUGACUGAGGGAGAUCCUCUGACUCUGCGCUGUUUAUAUCGUGACCCAAAGCCCUCAAACCUCACAGCUGAGUUCUAUAAGAAUGGAUCACUCCUCCAGACUCAGACUACAGGAGAGAUGACCAUCCGUACUGUCUCAAAGUCAGAUGAAGGUCUCUACCACUGUAAACACCCAGAGAGAGGAGAGUCUCCACAGAGCUGGAUCUCAGUCAGAGGUGAAUCUAAAUCAGGAGCUUCAUUCUCAGUGUUCAGUCUGCUCAGUAGUUUAAAGGCAGCAUCUCCGUAUCUGCUGGUGUCCAUUGUGCUGAUGGUGAAAUGCUACAGAUCUCGAGCUAAACCUGAUGAGCUGAACUCAAUGUGACCCUUAACAGAAGCUGGAGCUGGAGAAAGUUUCUUUGGUCAUGGUUAUGAUCUUGUGAGAAGCCCAAGUUUGCGGUUUAGCAGUUUGCAUGGCUGUGCUUUACUUUUCAUAGUUGAGGAACAUGUUAAACCCCAAUUAGAGAUAAUUUCAUCUGGUAAGUCAGUAAUAGAGGUUUUUAAAUAAUGACUCCACUACCCUGUAUGAUCAGUUGAUAUAUCUGAUAACUCGUAAAUGUUCCUCUUAUUUCAUUGCCAGUCAUAUUCACAGCUCUUCUUGUUUCAAAGGUAAACAAAACUGAGAUGUAAUUCUGUUCUGUCGGCUUUAGUGUUUAAUAAAUAUUAAUAAUAAUAUAUUUACAGUUCUCUUGUAACAAACUACCCCUCCUGGGUCUCUGCUGCAGUGCACAUGUGCUUUGGUUUGUUUUCUUUUCUGGCUCCACCCACUCCUCCAUUUCACCCACCUACAGUUGAUCCUGGACUCAUUGGCACUAUUGAUCUGCAUUAGCUUAGCAGCCGUUUAGUCUUGAAACAGGUUUGGUUAAACUGGUAACAUCAGGAGUCCAAUAAGCAAGUUUUCAUCAAAUUAAACCUGACUGCUCUGUCAAAACAAGCACGAGCCUAAAUAAUCCUUACUAAACACCAGCUAAACUGCAUGUACUGUCAAAUUACUUCAUGAUCAGCUCAACUAAAAUUGUGUACAGUGCUGUGUCUUUUGCCACUUUCCAGGAAUAAAGUUCAUGUUAGGCCUCAAAACUAAUGUAAAUAGUUUAAUGUAAUGUAAAAUGGGGGUUUUCCUUUGGUGUCUUUUAACAAAGUUACUCAAAAUAAGUGCUUGAAGUUAUUUUCCCACCUCAGGCUGUAAAAUCAGAGACCAUAAGCUGUUUUUUCUGAAAUGUACUGCAUUUUGAUGACCCUGUAAUGAACUUUUAUGGAGCUGUAUAAAUGACAUUU